UAGUCAAAACCCAGAAAUUUCCCGUAAACCCUUGCCCAAUUUCUCCCAAAUCAAUGGCACCCAGAUUUCCCACGCACCUCCUCCUCCGCCACCUCCUCCACCACCGAAACCAAUCCACCGCCACCCCCUUCCCCAAAUCCAACCCCUUCACCCAACCCCUCUUCAAUUCUCAAAAACCAUCCACCAUCUUCUUCAACCACCCCCAACACCCAAUUCUCCGGUUUCUCUCAACCCGGCCGGGCCGCUCCACCCGAUCCAAAAAGCCCGACAUCGGCGCCCGCGCCCGGCAGCUCCAGAACCGCCGCCUCUGGACCUACGCCCUCACCAUCAGCUGCAUCGCCGGCUUCAUCGUCAUCGUCCUCAACCAAUUCCAGGAUCAAUUGGUCUUCUACGUCACCCCCACCGAAGCCCUAGCCAAGCACACCUCCGAUCCGACGAAAUCCAAGUUCCGCCUCGGCGGCCUCGUGCUCGAGAACAGCGUCGCGCAGGUCCCGUCAUCGCCGGAGAUCCAAUUCGUCAUCACCGACCUCAUCACCGACAUUUUGGUCAAGUACGAGGGCAGCCUCCCCGAUCUCUUCCGCGAGGGCCACUCCGCGGUCGUCGAGGGCUUCAUCCGGCCGCUCGACGAGGAGAUGAGGAAGAAGGAGGAGGCGAUGCUGAGGAACACCAGCAAAUUCGGGGUUUUCGAGAAGGCGAGGACCUUGGAGUGCUAUUUUGCAGCGACGGAGGUUUUGGCGAAGCACGACGAGAAGUAUAUGCCCGCAGAGGUCGCGAAUGCCAUCGAGAAGAACAAGAAGUUUAUUGAGGAUCAGGAGAAUCAUGGGAAAGACAAUGCUAAUGCCGGGCCAGUGAAGGCGUGAUGAAAUCACUCUUUCUGGUAAUGUUUUUUCUUAAAUUUUUGCUUGGAUUUGGAGUAUGAUUUUGCAUAUUAUAUCUGUAUCUGUAAUAAUAUUUGGAUAUAGAAUGAGAGAGAGUAUACUAAUUGAGGCUGAGGCGGAGGCGGAGGCACGGUUAUGUACUUUUUAUGUAGUAAGAUACGAAUAGAGGUACUAAUUUGAAAAACAGUUGGCCCAUUGCCACAACAAUUUUUGGGGUUUCAAGGGAAGUAAUGAAUAAACUGUUUGAUACAA